AUGUCCCCACCUGAAGAACAUCAUGGCCUCAAGUCCAAAUGGCCCCAAGCCUUCGAUCUCGCAGGCUCCAACUCCCCUUGUCGAAUUGAAGGAGAGCUCAGUGAUCUCGUUGUCCUCGGCGAAAUUCCACCUGCCAUCGACGGAACAUUCUACCGAGUUAUGUGCGAUCCCUUCGUCCCUCCUCACCCCAACAAUGUGCCCCUUGACGGCGAUGGUCACGUCUCUGCCUUCAGGAUCCACAACGGUCAAGUUGACAUGAAGAUCAAGUAUGUUGAGACAGAACGAUAUAAGCUUGAAAGAAAAGCCGGAAAGGCUUUGUUCGGUCUCUACAGAAAUCCCUUUACGCAUCAUCCCUGCGUGAGAGCAGCCGUUGACUCAACUGCCAACACGAACAUGGUCUACUGGGCGAAUCGUCUCUUGGCGCUUAAAGAAUCUGCGCUUCCUUACGAGAUGCAUCCUGAUACCCUCGAGACUCUCUGCUACGAUCCGUUUGGAGGUCAGGUCAAGGCAAAAGCAUUUACAGCGCAUCCCAAAAUUGACCCAUUCUCCAAUGAACUCGUUGUCUAUGGGUACGAGGCCAAGGGUCUAGCGACUAGAGAUAUAGUCAUUUAUUCUCUCGACAAGAGCGGCAUUAAGCAUGAUGAGCAAUGGAUUGAGUCUCCCUGGUGCGCUCCCAUCCAUGACUGCGUCAUUACACCAAAUUUCAUCGUUCUCAUUCUUUGGCCGUUUGAAGCGAAUGUGGAGAGGAUGAAAGCGGGCAAGCAGCAUUGGGCUUGGGAUUACAACCUUCCAGCUACUUUCAUCGUUGUUCCUCGUCGCAAGACCUCCAAGGUGCCAGCUUCCUGGAAGCAAGGAGAGCAUCGAGUCUACCACUGGAAGAAUUGUAUGAAUAUCCAUGCAGGCAGCGCUUGGGAGGAGGAUAAUGGAAAACUGUAUCUCGAGUCAUCUCGGGUUCACGACAAUGCUUUCCCAUUUUUCCCGCCUGAGGACGGGAGAAUGCCAGCUCCAGACGCCAAAGCUGACUUUGUUCGUUGGGAGAUCGACCUCAAUGCCCCAAGUGGGACCCAGCUGGUAGAUCCAGAGAUUAUCCUCGACGUGCCAUCCGAGUUCCCACGAAUUGACGAGCGUUUCAUGACCAAGAGAAAUGAAUACAUAUUCUUGAAUGUCUUCAUCCCCGAGACUUCCCAAGGUGGCAAAAAUAUCUUCCACGGACUGAAUGGAUUGGCAAUGCACAGUCACAGCACUGGCGAAACUAAGUGGUUCUUUGCAGGCAAGGACUCUCUCGUCCAGGAACCAAUUUUUAUUCCUCGUACUCCUGAUGCGCCCGAAGGGGAUGGAUGGAUCAUCGCUAUGCUUGAGAGACGCGUUGCCAAUCGGAGUGAACUUGUCGUUCUUGACACCAAAGAGUUUGAGAAGCCUGUUGCUUUUAUACAGCUUCCUAUGCAUCUUAAGACUCAGGUCCAUGGGAAUUGGAUUGACAGUAGGACGCGGGCAUCUACAGAGGCAAUUGUAAGGCAGAUUGGUCAAGUCAAGAUCAGUGGAAGAGGAGCUCUUGAGCCUUUGGCAUGA